CUCUCCUGUCCGGACGGAAAGGAAAAGGAAAAAGAAAAGGAAAGAAAACAUGAACAGCACCAGACUCUCCACGCAUUCUCCAUAUUUACGCUUCUGCCACUGCUCCCUCUCUCUCCCUCUGCAUUCCCAAUUCGUCGCUCUUCUCCAUCUACGUCAAUACCCUUCUCCCCGCAAGCUCGCUCCUUUGAGAGCUCCCGACAGGACCCACAAGUCGGAUUCUUGGUGCAGGCCCUCCAUUUCUUCAUCAAUGGCAUCUUCAACCCCGCCCACCCAAGCUGAGGCCAGACCCUUCUCGGUCCUGUUCGUGUGCCUCGGGAAUAUCUGCAGGAGCCCUGCAGCCGAGGGCGUGUUUAGGGACAUUGUCAAGAAGAGGGGCCUGGACUCCAAGUUCGAGAUCGAUUCUGCGGGUACAAUCGGGUAUCAUGAGGGUAAUUUAGCAGAUCCGAGAAUGAGAGCAGCAGCUAAAAAGCGUGGUAUCGAGAUAACAUCCAUAUCGAGGCCGAUUCAGCCAUCCGAUUUCCGAAACUUUGAUCUCAUCCUUGCAAUGGAUAAGCAAAACAGGGAGGAUAUACUGGGGGCGUUUGAACGGUGGAAAUUCAGAGAGACCCUUCCUGAUGAUGCUCAUAAGAAGGUUAAAUUGAUGUGCUCGUAUUGCAAGAAGCAUACCGACAAUGAAGUGCCAGAUCCUUAUUAUGGGGGGCCUCAGGGAUUCGAAAAGGUUUUAGAUCUGCUCGAAGAUGCCUGUGAAUCGUUGUUAGACAGCAUCUUGGCCGAGAGCAACAGUUGAUUGGAUCCUCAAACCUGUCACAGCUUCUGGAAUUAGAUGCAAUAUGUUCACUUCAAAAAGCGGAUUUUAGCAUUUCUACAAAGAGAUACAAGGCGUUGUACAAUGCCGUGAAACUUGCUUGUCUAUUGUGUCGAUAUUCCGGGAAUCCUGCCUAGUAUAAUAUUAUUCGUACAAUGCUGUCCUCACUACAAAUAACAUUCUAUAUUAGAGAAUUUACAAGACUUUGUAUUUCAACUUUGGGUAUAUCAUAUUACAAGGGGUGAAAAUACAAAAUCUCAGGCAUCUUUUACAA